AUGGAGCGCGCAGUCGAACGCCUUUCCGAGCUGCAGGACAAGCUCGCCUCCCUCCAGGACGCGGUCAAGCAGCUGAAGGAACACAUCAAUCGAUUGGCCAACUUCGACUUCCAGCCCGGCGAUCUAGACCCCACGGCCAGCGAUGAGCUCAGCACCGAGAUCAUACAGCUGAUACAGGAGCAGGAGGAGGACCUUGAGCUUCUUCAGGAGGAGGUCGUCGACGUCCGACCCUUCAAGGCCCUCAAGCAUGACAAGGACCGGCUCCAGGAUGGGGCAGAGCGCCUGAAGGAGGAGCUUAACAGCUGUCGGCCGCUGCUGCGCAAAGCCCAGGUAUCAGCCAAAGAUAAUCUGAAGCAGGCGCAGAAGAAAGAACGAGAGCUACUAUGGGCCUCCUUCUCGCAGCCAAAAUCCUCCAGGGAAUCGGGCGCAUCCUCGCCGCACCCGACGGUGGAAAGGCCGAGGAGGAAAGCCCGGUCCGAGAUGACCAAAGAUGAGCAGGCCGUGGCAUCCAGCGGCGACGUAACACAGGCUCUCCGCCGAACGCACGACAUGAUGGCCGCCGAGCUGUCGCGGAGCGAAUUCGCCCGAAAGACGCUUCAGGAGAGCACCGCGGCGCUCGCGCAGCUCGGCGAGUCGUAUUCGUCCCUGGACACCAUGCUCUCCAGUAGUCGCGACCUCCUGGCCACCCUCAUGACCAGCCAGAAGAGCGACACCUGGUAUCUCGAGACGUCCUUCUACAUGCUCGCCAUCACGAACUGUUGGCUCGUCUUCCGUCGAUUCCUGUAUGGGCCGCUCUGGUGGCUUGUAUGGCUGCCCCUGAGGCUCAUCUUCCGGGGCGCGGUCACCGUCACGAGCAUCGGACAACACGGUGGCCACGAGGGGUUAGUAGUGGACACGUCGGCCGGCAAGCCGGCAGAACCGCAAAUGAAUAACGAGGACGUGCCCACGAUCCAGGUGGGGCAACCCCAGGAGACAGCAGACCCAGCAACGGCGGACGCUGGUGAUGAGACCCUAACAGAGGAGUUGGGUAGGAUGAUUGAUGAGGCAAGAGAAGGCACAGUUGAGUUUGAGGAGUCACAGCAAGACCCUGAGCAGAAUGUGUACAAGGAGUUUCUGGAUCGAGAAGAAGAGAUCUCUCGUCAAGAGAGGGAAAGAGUAAGAGUCGAGCUCUAA